AUGGCUCAGCGGGUAAAGGCAUUCGCCAAGCUUCAGGACUUCGUUCAGUUCAUCCCCAGGAUCCACAUGAAGCGGAAAAGCGUCUUAGACCCGCCCCUUCCACCUCUGGGUCAUUCUGCCUUCCCUUCCUGCCACAGCCUAAGUGGGCCAGCCAGCUGCCAAGAUGAAAUCUGCAAUGCUCGGCCUGCUGACCUGAUGAACAUGCAGCACUGCAACUUCCUCUGCCUGUCUGAGAACUACCAGAUGAAGUACUACUUCUACCACGGCCUGUCCUGGCCCCAGCUCUCCUACCUCGCUGAGGACGAGGACGGCAAGAUUGUGGGCUAUGUCCUGGCCAAAAUGGAGGAGGAUCCUGAUGAUGUCCUGCAUGGACAUAUCACCUCGCUGGCCGUGAAGCGCUCACACCGCCGUCUAGGCCUGGCCCAGAAGCUGAUGGACCAGGCCUCACGGGCCAUGAUCGAGGACUUCAGUGUCCUGAACGUCCAGAAGAGCAAUCGGGCAGCCUUGCACCUUUAUUCCAACACCCUCAACUUCCAGGUUAGUGAGGUGGAACCCAAAUACUAUGCAGAUGGGGAGGACGCUUAUGCUAUGAAGCGGGAUCUCACCCAGAUGGCAGAGGAGCUGAGACUGUGACAGCUGAUGCUGAAGAAGGGCAGGUAUGUGGUUCUGGGCUCCAGGGAGAGCCAGGAGACCCCGGACAGCACCCUUCCUGGUUCUGAAGAGGCCUCCCUGCCAGAGCACCCCUCUGGAGAAGGUAGUGGCGGGGACAGCAGGGACAGCACGGAUGCCCAAGAUAGUUCAGAGGACCUGGAUUCUACCUCUUAG